AUGACAGCCCUGAGGCAGAUGUCUUCCGAAGAAAGAGAGGACUUGAUCACCGGUCAGAAACACAAGGAAAAGGAGAAAGACGACUCGGGUAACGUUGGUUUGGACCAACCAUACCUACCACGAGACUUGGCCGAGGUCUCAAAGUUCACAAGGCGAAUAUCAGAAGCACCCAUGCCUCCCAAGACAAAGCUGCCCCCAGGCUUUGAUCGCUACGACGGAACGAGAGAUCCAGAAGAUCAUCUGCAUGCCUUCCGAGGAGCGGGGCAGCUGGGAAGGUGGUCCAUGCCAGUAUGGUGCCACAUGUUUGUGCAAACCUUAACAGAAGGAGCCCGGGUGUGGUUUGAUAGCCUCCCCCCGGGGAGCAUAGACAGCUACGAAGAGUUAAGCGAAAAAUUCCUCAGAAAUUUUGGCCAACAAAGGAAGAUGGUCAAGAAUCCCAACGAAAUCCUCCACAUCAGGCAAAGGGACAACGAGCGGAUAGACCAGUACAUGGAAAGGUUUGUCAAAGAAAGCAUGAACAUCAAGGAUGUCCCGGAGGUCAUGAAAAUCAGUAGUUUCAUAAAUGGGCUGAAGCAUGCACAGCUGUGUGAAAAGCUGGGAGAGGAGUUUCCGCCUUCCUUCGACAAUCUCAUGGACAGGGUCAGGGCUUUCGUCCGGGGAAAGGAUACGGUCAGCAAAGCUAAGGAGACGGACACCACACCCCGAAGGGCCGCCCCGACAGCAAGACCUCCUGAGAAAGGUACUCCCUAUUCCCGAAAGCCUCCCUUUGAUAGAAUGUUGCAUGACAGGGCAAGGCCCUCAUACUCCCCCUACCGACCCCGAGGGAGAGGCCCUCCCCCUUACUCCGACAGCUUCACCCCCUCGUUAAGACUCCAAGUGAGAUAA